CGUUCGUGCUUUCUGCUGUGUGCAUCACAACAAGGGACGCUGUCAACUCACGCGUGCGUCGAAUUAUUGCCGGGAAGAAUUUGAAAAUGGAUUUCAUCCCUUUCGCAAUUUUUAUAUUCAUUAUCACGUCGAAGUCAGAUAGGAAGCUUGUCUCUUCAGCAUCGAUUCCCCAGAUGGGUAACUCUCAAGCUACAGAGUACGUUACCGACGCCAACGAGCGAGAAUUAGAGAACUUAAAGGACAGAUUGGACAAAACGUUGGAAAUGGUCAAGACUCAAUCGUCUGAAUUGUCACAAAGUAAUGGUCAAAUUCAAACCUUCACUGACAAAAAAGAAACUAUUAAUCAAGAUGGAGAACUCGUUGCAAGUGUACAGCAGCGGAUAGAAAGCAAAUCUGAAGAUUUUAAUCAACGUCCUAUGGCAAGGAUACAGACUGAUCUAGAAAUACCAUCAGAAGGGGUACAUAAAAGUGUCGUUCAGGAAAUACCUCCCCAAAGGACACAAAAAACCUUGAAGAAAAAGGCUUCCGGGAACGAAGUCUUGAAUAAAGAAAAUGAGGUGCAAAGCCUUCCAGGUAUUCAGUAUACCCCGUUUGACAUGGCAGAAUACAUUUUUUGGACAGGAGAUGAAAAGGGUGUUACCUCUGCUGUAGAGGAGUUUAUAAAUGAAAGACUAAUUAGCCGUCAGGACGCCAUAUCGUUUUUACAAGAAAUCAAAAAUAAUCUAGAUUAUCUAGAAUCGCGUUAUAACCAGCUAGGUCUAAACCUUCAAGAAAAAUAUAAAGCCAUUGAAAACACAUCGCCACGCUAUAGUUCGAAUUUAAAUUUUCAAAAAGGGAGAUCUGCCAAUUCAAACUAUGACCAACAAAUCUUUGACUUUCAAAAAAUUAAAAGGGAAGAAAGAAAGAGUGCUACAGACGAAUUUAGUGGUUAUGAAGUAAAUGAUGACGAUCCAAAACAAAACGAAUACGAACAACUAUUGGAAAAACUUAAGAUAGCUGACUUCUUGUACACCGAGUAUUCGUUGGAAGAAAUAAUUUAUCAACUAGCAAAGAUAAUGUUUAAACAAUCUUUAACAAAAGAUAAUAUUGAAGCCCAACAGGCUUUUCAUAAAUUCAUUAUAUUCCUGGAGUCGGAGGCUGAACAAGGACAUAUCUCGAGAGCUUUGGAAAAGAAAGUUUUAGAUGUAUUAAUAUCAGCAUUAACUGAUACAUUAACCCAGAAUCCAGAACUGGUUGAUAAAGUGAAGGAAACUUCUCAGAACGCAUACACCGAAAAGCAGGAAGUUCUUCAAAAAAUUUUGGAAUUAAAUUCGGAGGCAAACAUCAACAUACCUACCCUUAAAUAUUCAACUGAUAAAUCAAGCAACAGUAAUUUAAAAUACCCUCCCUUAGGCUACGGCAAGUAUUCUGGUUCUUCGUAAUUUUUUUUAAAUAGAAAACAAAUUAGAAAAUUUCGAUUUUUUCCCAAUAAUUAUUUUUUAUUUAUCCAUUCAAAUAAAAAAUUGACAACUAAAUACGUAUUUGCAUACAUUUGUAUUCUCAUGUGUUUGUUACAAUAAUUUUGUCCAUAUUUGCACUAUGUAGUUUGAUUAUUAUUACUUUUGUUAUUAUUAAGAAUGUAAUUGCAUUUAUUGCAUAAGAUGCCACUUCUUAUAAUCGGGGUGCGGGCUAGUUUUGUAUGUACGGUGCAAUUCAAAAAUAAUGCGAGCGAGAAGAGUAGUAUUUUAUUUUCUCAUCGUCAGUGUACUUUCUCCACUCUGCUGUUAGAAACAACAAGUUAAUGUUUUCUGGAAAACAUGUCAAGUAAAAUAUCUCUACCUUGAAUGUUAAGUAGAUCUCUCUGUGAUGUAUUACAUUCCUUGAAUUAAAACACUUUAAUAAGAA